UGAUAAUACUGCCGAAUACCGACAGGCGACAGGCGGAAAUUUUCAUUUUUCAAAUUACAAUUUGCAAUGUAUAUUUAAUAGAUUAAUGGUUAGUCUAAUCUGGCUUCCUUUGAAUGGCGCCUGAGUUUCAUUCCUGAUCAAUAAUUAUUGUCUUUACAUAAUUUCUCAUACUAGUUAAUGACUUUACCGUGUUAUCCAUUGUCUUCUAUUUAAAAUCUUAAGUCUAGUUUUAAUGGCAAUGAUGUCAUUCUCUACAACAUGUUUAUUGCAACAGCCAAAUCGUUAUUUAGUUGCUAUGUGUGUUAGACACAGAAGUCAGCGUAGAAACUUGGGUUUACCUCCUAAUGUUGCGAAAACAUUGCAAACAAGACUAGAAGAAUUGAACUUCAAAGACCCGUCGAUUCAUUAUAAAGUCGAUAUAGGACUACCCCCAACUCUGAGAGAUAAGAAAAAAGAAAAUGCGAGUCGUAUAGAAUACUUGAAAAAAAUAAAAAGCAAUCCAGAACUAGAAAAAUUGGCUCGCAAUAAUCAAUUGCCCGUUUCGUUGGAAGAUAUAACAAACGAAUGGUCCAAAACAAAUGCACCAUUACACAUUAAAAAAGUAGCUGAACAUUAUGGUGUGUUUGAACAUUUAUUUGGAGAUGCUUACUUCAUGCCGUACAUUCAAUUAGAUAUAACCUACGAACAUAAUUCGACAAAAGUUCCUGUGUAUCGUGGAAACAUCAUUAAGCCUACUGAAGCAACGAGUGCGCCCAAUGUUAAAUUUGAAUCUUUGGCUGAUUCACUGUGGACGUUAGCUCUAACAAACCCCGACGGACAUUUACAAAAAGAAAACUCGGAAUAUAUACAUUGGCUCGUCGGAAACAUACCAGACGGAGAUGUAUCCAAAGGCGAAACCGUCUUCAGUUAUUUACAACCUUUUCCUGCAAAAGGAACAGGAUAUCAAAGGAUGAUUUUCGUUCUGUAUCAGCAAACAUCGAAAAUAGAUUUUACUCAACUGAAGAAAUCGCCCUCAGACGAGAUCGAUUUGGACGAGCGAACGUUUAGUACUUUUGAUUUUUAUCGCUCUAAGCAAGACAGUAUUACACCAGCCGGAUUAGGUUUUUAUCAAACGGAUUGGGAUACGAGUAUAACAGCUUUUUACCAAGAUAAGCUUCAAACGGCCGAACCAAUAUACGAAUAUGAUUUUCCAUCCCCUUACGUCAAACCUCAAACGUGGUUUCCCAUUAAACAACCAUUCAAUUUGUACAUGGACAAGUACAGGGAUGAAAAACAAAUUGCAAAAGAAUUUCUAUUGAAAAAACUGAAGAACAGACAUCCUUUCCAGAAACCAGAAACGUCUCUUAAAUAUCCAAAUGCUGUCCCAUUCAAGAAGUACACUCCGUCAUGGUUAAAACUCGAAAUAAAAAAAGAGCGCUCAAAGUGGGGUCGUGUAAACGAUUAUUAAUUUUGUAAUUUUUCCCCACAAUGUUGGAUAAUACAUAUUUACAGUCGAAUACAUUUUUUUUUUUAUUAGUUAA